GUUAACCCUACUUUCCUUCCAUGUUUUGAUUUUUUGUUUUUUUUCUUUUUACAAUUUUGCAUUAGAUAUUAGUUCAACCAGGAUGAACUAGAUCUUGGUAUUCAAUAUAAUAUGUAAGUGUUUAUUUAUAAUUUUUAUUAAAAUUGUGAGUAGCAAAAUUUCCACCAUGCAUAAUAUAGAGAAUUAUUACGAAGUUCUUGAGUGCCCUGAAACAGCUACCUUGGAAGAACUUAAGAAGAAAUAUCAAACUUUAGUAAAACAGCAUCACCCAGAUAAAGGAUCCAAAUCUUAUGAAAGAUUUGUAUUAUUAGAUAAAGCAUACAAGACUUUAAAAGACGAAAAGUCACGGAAGGAUUAUGAUGCAGAAUUACUAGCCCAAACAUGUAAUGAAGAAUCAGUGAUUUAUGCAAGUUUAAAUAAAAAGGAUAUUAAUUUGAAUUCUGAUGGUAUUUUUGGUUUUACAUGCAGAUGUGGAGGAGAAAUCCCAAUUACCGAAGAACAUUUAUGUGAGGAUGAGUGUAUUGUUGAGUGUUCAGAAUGUUCAAACGCUAUUUUAAUAAAGUGAUAUUUGAAUAUGUUUAUAUUUUCCUAUCUAUUAAGAAAGGUUUGUUACAUUUUUUCUUUAAAUAUAUUUUAUAAUUUGUUUAAAAAACAUGUACAUAUAUAAAUACUUAAAUCUUUA